AGUAACUACCUAAGCACCGGUGUAAGUGAUUGUUGUCAACCAACGACGCGAUCACCUUGUUCUCAAUUAACAUGGACAUGAUAUAAUAUAUUAUUACAUUCGCCUUUAUUAAUAACCUAUAAGUGAUAUAUUUUAACCGACAGCUCAAGUUUCCAGAAUUGCUGUGUGUUUUUCUUUUAUCUGGUAAAUGCUGUCCUCGAUUCACGUAGAACACACUAGAUCGUAGUGACGUGUCUAAGAAAGAUGUUUGAUCUUCUUGAAACCGGUACUUGUGGCCGGGUGGAAGUUAUUCCCGAACAAAAUCGAAAGGCACACAGGGUCCCUCUACCCCUGAAAACCCUUCCAUUUGGCCUCCCCAAAAUUUUACCAACUUGGAAAAAAGAUCUAGAAAAAUAUGUUGAACAUCCAGAAAGUCUCCCAAUUCAUGAUUUCAAGAAACACCAAAAAUAUUGGCCCAGGACAAAAUGUUCCGAGAACUUAUUGGAAAUGGAUGUCACUCCGGUGCAGACAACCAUCACUGUUGAACGAAACCCAACAACAGGGAAACUUCUCGGCUACCAAGAGGAAUUACUCACAAACACCAUGUCUACAAUUAAGAAUUCUAUGUCAUUCAAAAGACCUCCAGGGCCACCAACACAGGAUGUCAGAGGUUGUGCCACAAACUAUCCAUUUUGGCCGGGUGGUAUGGAUAAAAUCCCAAGCGCUAAAGGUCUAAUUGCCAAAGGAAAGUAUGACGUGAUAGACUUUGAAAAAGAUUUACUUUACAAUGCCCCUGGUCUCAAGGCUGGAAUGGAUUUUGAUGGUGAGGUACCUAAGGAAAUUCCAGCUGCCCCAGAGAUAUCUGUCGAAAAGGAAUCAGAUGAGCCUGCCAUUCCUCUAGUUCAAGCACCAAGCACUACAGAAGAUACAGGAAAGGAAAAGGCUGUAUCACCACCUCCAAAAGAAGUUGCAGAGGAAAAUAAAGAAGAACAGCCACCACCUGCUGAAGAUUCAAACAAAAUAGAAACAGCUAAGCAGUAUUUGAAAUUAACCGAUCUCUUUGCACCGAGUGACGACGACCUUCUGUCUGAUGACCAGUUUCAAUUCCGGAAACCAACAAGGGAACAUAUUGAGACUGAGACUGUUAAUACUAAAACCACCAAUAUAUCAAGAAGUGAAAGUUUAGAAGAGCUUGUAAAGGUGAAAGAAGAAAAACCAGAAACACCAGCAGCACCAAAACCCGAAGAAGAAAAAGAGGUUUGGGCUGUAAAUGUUGAUACCAAAACACCUGUAGAUGAUUUCUACAAAAGGAUACCAGUUAUGGCCUAUAAGUGGCCCUUUGAGCUGGAUAUCUUCCAAAAGCAAGCUAUACUGCGUCUUGAAAACCACGAAAGUGUCUUUGUUGCUGCUCAUACAUCUGCUGGAAAAACCGUAAUUGCCGAAUAUGCCAUCGCCUCAUCACUGCGGCAUCUCACACGGACUGUAUAUACAUCUCCAAUUAAAGCACUGUCAAAUCAAAAGUUCCGUGACUUUAAGCAAAAAUUUGGUGAUGUGGGUCUCAUAACCGGAGAUGUCCAAUUGAACCAGACAGCAUCCUGCCUCAUCAUGACAACAGAAAUUCUAAGGUCAAUGUUGUACAAUGGUUCUGACAUUAUUCGAGAUUUGGAAUGGGUCAUUUUUGAUGAGGUUCAUUACAUUAAUGAUUCUGAGCGAGGUGUGGUUUGGGAAGAAGUACUUAUAAUGUUACCACAGACUGUAAACAUCAUCCUACUCAGUGCAACUGUCCCCAAUACCCUCGAGUUUGCUGGAUGGGUUGGGAAAACCAAGAAACGAAAGCUUUAUGUGAUCAGCACCUUAAAAAGGCCGGUACCUUUAGAGCAUUACCUGUACACAGGUAACAGCAGCAAAACAAGCAAUGAGCUUUUCACAGUUCUUGAUGCUAAAGGAGUAUUCCAAGAAACUGGAGUAACCCAAGCCAUUGCUGCAAAGAAGAAGCAACCAAGUACAGAAGCAAAAAGACCAAAUGCUAAUGUCACAGCAAAACAAGAAAAGAACGUAUGGUUGUCCGUGAUUGAUAUGUUGAAAAAGAAAGAUAAGUUACCUGUAGUUACCUUCAUGUUCUCCCGGAAAAGAAUCGAUGCUAAUGCUGCUAAUUUGUUAAGUGUCGACCUGACGACGAGCUCAGAGAAGAGUGAAAUUCAUGUCUUCUACCAAAAAUGCGUUAUGAGACUGAAAGGGUCAGACAGGGAUCUGCCACAGGUCAAACAAAUGGAAGAACUUCUUAAGAGAGGUCUGGGUAUUCAUCACAGUGGAGUUUUGCCAAUCCUCAAAGAAGUGGUAGAGAUGUUAUUCCAAAGAAGUCUUGUUAAGAUAUUAUUUGCCACUGAAACAUUUGCUAUGGGUGUCAAUAUGCCGGCUAGGACCGUACUAUUCGAUUCCAUCUCCAAACAUGAUGGUACGAAUUUCCGAAAUCUUUUGCCCGGUGAAUACAUCCAAAUGGCUGGUCGUGCCGGUCGCCGAGGGCUCGACACCACUGGGACUGUUAUCAUUAUGUGUAAAGCUGGUGUUCCACAGAAGGUAGAUCUCCAUCGAAUGAUGCUGGGAAGACCAACAAAGCUGGAAUCCCAAUUUCGCCUGACCUAUUCAAUGAUUCUGAACCUGUUGAGAGUGGAACAGCUUCGCGUGGAAGACAUGAUGAAGAGAAGUUUCUCCGAAUUUCAUUCACAACUUGACGUAAAGAAAUAUGAAGAUGAAAGAAAAGACCUGCUCGAGCAACUGAAAGACGUGAAAAACGUCCAGUGUUUUAUGUGUGCACUUGACCUGGAGAAAUACUAUGAAGAUGUCGCUCAAUAUCGAGAAAUGAAGAGUGAAUUACAAACUCUCCUCUUCACAUCACCUGCCAGUAACAAAGUCUUAUCAAACGGACGUGUUGUCGUUAUUGAUACAGCCAACCACCCAAACACUGCAGGCAUAAUAUUACAAAGCAUGAACAAUCUGAAGAACGAAAAACUCUAUGGUAUUCUAGUUCUUUGUGAGAAGAAUGAAAAUGAGCCUCAACAAGAUUCCAAUCACAAUGCAACUGAAAAAGAAGAGGAAAAUAAACCUUCAGAACUUCGACCAAUACUUCCAAAGCCUUUGUUCCUGCCUGAAGGCCCUGCCUGGCACAAAUUACUGGAAGUCAGUGCAGAUGGUAUUGAUUACAUAACAAGCAAGACAAUUAAAAUCGACGCAGAGAAAAUUAUCAAUAAUAUAAAAAAAAGAAAUAUGCCGAGGUUCAGAGAUGAACCACCCAGUCAGUCUGUCAGUGUGGCUACCCAAGAACUGUUACGUCUGUCUGAAACUAAUCCAAAUGGCAUGACCAAAAUCAAUAUGAUCAAAGACCUAAACAUCAGAGACAUUGAUCAAAUGGAGAAGUGUCGAAGCAUUCAGUAUUUAGAAACACAAAUAGCUGAAUAUAACUGUGUCAACUGUCCCCAUUUUAUGGAACAUUUCAAACAAGUCCAUGCAAACCAAAUGAUGAAGAAGAAGUACAAGAAAUUAUCAUUCCUGGUAUCAGAUGCAAGUCUGUCAUUGUUACCAGAAUACCAACAGAGAAUUGAAGUAUUAAAAAGCUUCAAGUACCUGAACCAAACAUGUACAGUUCAACUAAAAGGACGUGUGGCUUGUGAAAUUAGCAACCACGAGCUAAUGAUUACUGAACUAAUACUCAACAACAUCUUCACACAACUUCAGCCGGCUGAGAUAGCAGCAACCUUGUCCUGUGUUGUAUUCGAAGUGAAGCAUUGCAGCAAACCUGAAUUGACUGCUGCACUCAAAAAGUGCCGGAAACAAGUUUUGGAUAUUGCAGCCAGUAUAGCAGAGAAGCAGAAAGAAUUUGGCAUAACUAUCUCAGUUGAAGAAUAUCAAGAGUCAUUCCAUUUUGGUUUAAUGGAAGUAGUCUUUGAGUGGGCUCGUGGUAUGCCUUUCUCUGAUAUUACCGAACUCACCGACGUCCAGGAAGGUAUCAUAGUGCGCUGCAUCCAACGUUUAAACGAAGUCCUCAUGGAUGUUCGAAAUGCAGCAAGACUUAUUGGAGACCCAGUUUUAUGCCAGAAGAUGGAAGAAGCUUCAACUUUAAUCAAACGUGACAUUGUCUUUACAGCCAGUCUCUACACACAAGAAUGAAUAAAGUUACAGAAACAAAGAGUAAAAGCUUGAUCUACAAUUAUUUUGAAAUCUGACUAUGAUUAUUAUUAUUAUUAUUUUAUUUUAUUUUUCAUUGGAAGAAAUAAACUAUAUGUUGCUAA